AUGACCACCAGUCUCGACGGAGGACCGAGCCCCGACACUGCUCCGACGACCUCGAGCAAGCUCCAGCCCGACGUUGGGGCUGAAACUACCCCCGGCACUCCAGAGUCGCGCAUUUUCGAGUCUCUGAAGUCGUUCACCGCCGACAUUCAGGCUAUCUGGCCGGUCCUUGAGGCUUUGAAGAACAGCCCUGCGACGACUAGCGCAGAUCCCCAGAACGGCACCCCGCCCCAAAACAACGGCAACGGCAUUCCAACUCUCGGCCUAGUCGACAACUUCGCCCAAGUCGACGACAACCGUCAGAAGCAGGUCCAUGACGCCUUGCAGGCUCUGGAGCAGGUCAUGGACUCCCACAAGAAGAUGGGCGAGGCGCUGAGGGAGCUGUACAUCCACCUCAGCGCCGAAGUCCUCCGUAGCGAACUCAACGAGGAUUUGCGCCACGCCCUGCGUCCCAUCUCCCCCGACACGGAGGCUGGGAUGCUGGAGGCCGCCGCCGAGCAGUACUGUGGCCACCAGUACCUGGUCUUCAGGGCCGCCACCAGGGUGUGGAAGACGUUCAUGAACCAGCACAGCGCGGUCGCCGGGGAGAUCGCGAACGAAGCUCCUGAGUUCGAUGAAGCUCAGCUCCGGCGUGUCCUCAUCGCGUUCGAACUCGAGGAGGACGGAAUCGUGUCGCUCAUCCGCGCAACUCUCCACGAUGUUCGCUACGCUUUCGCGGGCCAUGGGUACCUUGAGCCGGUCUCGUUUAAGCGCCGCCUGAGCAUCCCGACCAUGAGCGAUGACGAUCCUGCCAGUCAGCAGGUUGGGUUAUCGGACGAUGGAGAGCAGGAUCAGCAUACCGGCGCCAAUGAAGACGACGACGCCGAGGCGCCGUGGACCUCUGCCGAGUCAUCGCCUACCCGCGGCGUCACCGACCCCUCCGCAACCGUCGAGCCUAAGGAUUCUAUCCCCGAGAGCUCGAAUGCGAGGCGUCGCGCCAUGCUUCGCAUCCGCGCCGCUGUUAUCACGAGUGCGGACCUCCCGCCCGUCUUCGACGACUGGCUUUCGGAUUCGUCAGACGAGGAGGAGUCUUUCAGGUUCCACCCCGAGUUCGUUCCCGACGAGGUGUCCUACUUCCAGCAACUCGAGAAUCUCCAGACCCCCGCCGUUCAGCAGGCCCCCGUUCAAGCUCCCAAUGGUCUACGCGAUGCUCCUGUUCAAGCUCCUGUUCAAGCUCCUGUUCAAGCUCCUGUUCAAGCUCCUGUUGGUCCUUCCUGUGCCUCUACUCAAGUCCCCGCUGGUCCCCCCGACUGUCAUGCUGCCCAUGACGAUGCUCCGGCCACCACCAAGCCCACCGUUCCCGACGCUGAUGCUUCGGCCACCACCAAGCCCAUCGUUCCCGACGCUGCGGUUCCCGCGGAGGAGACCAUCGCCAAGCCGGCUCCUGGUCUUCCUACCCUCACCCCCAGCCAGCUCAGCACCCCCGGUCUCUCGAACUGUCCUUCCUCCAGCAGCUCCUGCAAGUCCGAGAAGGUUGGCGACAGCGAGGACCCUGCAACGCACGACCUGGCCGGGCAGUCCACGUCCUGA